AUGUUUUCACAACCAAACACCAGCUCUGCCUCUUCUCUCGGCUCCCUUCUUUCUACACACAUCCCUCCCACUCCUUCUGCUUCACCCUCCAAAACACCUCGCAAACAGCAGGAACCAGAGCCCAUCCGGCUCGAUUCCAUCGGCGUACCACCUGCCUCCAUCAUCGGCAAGGUCCUCGUCCGCAUUCGACCUUCGCCGACACAUCCGUCCGUAAAUCUCGACUUCGAGGACGAGACAACAUUCCAAAUUCGUGUCGACGGUUACAAUCCUGUCCACUCUAUCCCCAAGACGCUUGAGACGAACGAUCUCCUUCGACCUCUUUUCCAUCCAUAUCCCCUACCCGCUGCAGGCCAAGGCCUCGAUGUCCGACUCACCGUCGUUGACUGCAGAUUUAUCAAGAUGAAGGAGACAGCAUACGAGCGCUCAGAUACAUGUGACCAUGAGUGGGAAGUCCAGCAUCUCGCUCUGGCCAUAAAGUUUGAGGAGCGCGACGGAUGGCACUGUUGUUGGGCCACCUGCGGCGUGUACGACAAGCGGGAUUACGGCCCAUGUCUUUUCCGCAGUUUCGACGAUGUCUACCUCCAGCAGGUACAAAAGUCGCCCAAGUCGUCCAAGAAGCAGAAGAGACGCCCAAAACAGAAGAAGAAUGACAACGACAGUACGAGACAGGCAGCGCUUUGAGUAUCAGUGGGCCAUACGCUCAGGUGCAUCGCAUGCAGUCCACAACGCCGUGUGUUUCCAUUUGCGUCAUACCCUCGCACGGAUCCUGCCAUUUUAUCGGAUUUUGUCCUUUUCUUCUAGCCCAGAUGAUGUCGAACUGUCGUCCACUCCAGACUCGUACGGCCAUGUACUCUCCGUCGUACUUGCCCCGGGUCUGAUACGUAUACUCAGUGGACCGAACAUUGCAUCGUCCUUCGUCAUUGUAUUUCUAGUGUCACAUACCACCGUCAGCGUGUUUCUCUUCAUGCUCCAUUUGUCUUCAUUUGACUCGUUCCCGUCCGUCCUGUUGUGUUUUGCGCAUAGCGCUGUACUUCUUCCCGUCAAUUGCUUUAUCCAUACGGUUUAGAAACCUACCACGUUCGUUCUUAUUCCCCGUCCAUCUAACCUAUAUCCUUCGUCUGAUAUUCACCGCAUUCGUGCCCCUUGGAUUUCGUCGUGAUAUGUAUAGACUCGACUGAUUGUUCGCGUCUCUUUCC